UUUAUAUGAAAAAAUUUAUAAUUAUCAUAAAUCACAUAAUGGAUCUUUUGAUCUCGCAUUAGAUGUAGGAACUGGUACAGGACAAGCCGCAAAUGUUUUAUCGGAUUCAUUCAAUAAAGUUUAUGGUAUUGAUUUAUCACCAGUGAUGUUACAAAAUGCAAUUUGUAAACCAAAUAUCCAAUAUUUAGUUGGAAGGGGUGACGAUUUAUCUUAUUUUAAAGAUUCUUCAAUUGAUUUAUUAACUGUAGCUGGGGCUUUUCAUUGGAUUGAUUUAAAACAAAAUUUUUUUCAAGAAUCUCAUCGUGUGUUGAAACCAAAUGGAACCUUAGCCAUUUGGGCUUAUAAAUCUGAUUUUUUAAAAAAUGUGCCUAUUGCAACUAAAUUGUCAGGAGACUUUCGUUUUAAUCUUAUGGGCCCUUAUUUUGAUAAAGGUUCAGCAUAUUGGAAUCUUUCUCAAUAUGGAAAUUAUUUGAGAACAAUGAGUGGUUAUGCAAAUUAUUUGGAGAAAAAUCCAAAUGCAGAAGAUCCUGUCGAUGAACUAAUUUCUAAUAUAAAAGAAGCUGAAGGUUGGAAUGAUGAUGAAUUGUUGCCAAUAUCUUUUUGUAGUGUAUUGAUUUUAGCUGAAAAGAAGCCAUGA